CAGUUUUACUGCGUUGACGAUCAGUUGUGUCUACCGCUUUGACUUGUAUUUAUUCUGUCUUUGUUUUUUUUUACGGUCGUUAAGUGUUUUUUUUUUAGUGUUGUUAAUUUAUUUAACAAAAUAAAAAACAAAAAAAAUUAAUUAAAUUCUAUAAGAGAAUUCUCUUCUAGACAUAAUUAUGUCGCGACUUUUAGCAAUCGGUCUUUGUAUUUUGCAAAUUGCAAUUUUAGUCCAGUGCAACGGUCUUUAUACAAUUGUUGCACCCGGAACUCUGAGAUCAAAAUCUGACUAUCAUGUUUCUGUCUCAGUUCAUGAUGCUCCAUCAGCAUGCAAAAUUAAGGUUGGUCUUAGUGGUCCUGAAUUCGAUAAAUCAGAGACCGUUGAAGUACCACCAAAAUCUUCAAAAGUUAUAAUGUUCCAAGUUCCAAAAUUGAAAGAUGGCGAUUACAAUUUAACAGCUGAAGGUUUAUCAGGCAUUGAAUUCAAAAACACAACAAAAUUGAACUUUGCUGCUGAACAGGUGUCAAUCUACGUUCAAACAGACAAGGCCACUUACAAACCAGGUGACAAAGUCCAAUAUCGUGUUUUAGUUUUGGAUAAAAAUACAAGACCAGCUAAAAUUGAUGGACCUGUUAAAAUUUCGAUCAAUGAUGGAGCACGAAACCUUAUCAAACAACUUAACGAUGUUGAACUUACCAAAGGUGUUUACUCUGGUGAGCUCCAACUAUCUGAAUUCCCAGUUUUAGGAUCAUGGAAUAUUGAAGUUAGCGCCGAUGGUACAACUGAGACUAAAAAUUUCGAAGUUGACAAAUAUGUUUUGCCUAAAUUUGAAGUUAUGGUUGAAGCUCCAAAAGAUGUAGCUAUUGCUGAUGGUAAAUUCAGUGUAACUGUUAGGUCAAAAUAUACCUUUGGAAAACCUGUUAAAGGGUCAGCUGUUGUAUCUGUCAAGCCUUCUUACUACUCUUAUGGUGACAACAAUGAACAACCAACUGCUGAAAAGACUGUUAAAAUUGACGGCAAAGGUCGUGUAGAAUUUGACAUUUCGAAAGACUUGAAAUUGGACAAAGAACGUUAUACUCCACCAUUGACCAUUUUGGCUAUUGUCGAAGAAGAAUUAACUGGAUUGAAACAAAAUUCGACAGGAACUGUUAACUUGCAUCGUGAGAAAUACCAAAUUGAAGGUAUUGACACACCAUACACUUACUAUCCAGGCAAACCUGUCACAAUCAAGCUCGUAGUAAAGAACCUCGAUGGAUCACCAGUUCAAGACACUAAGAACCCAGUUACAUUAACUGUUAGCCCACCAGACUACUGGUACAGACAUCCAAUUCCAAUUGAAAUGGUUGCAGCAUCAUCAUCAUCAGAUGGAGAAACUCCUACUACUACUAUUCCACCACCACCAAAGUCUCAGAAUUACACUGCAAUUCUUGACAAGAACGGCAUGGCCGAAAUCGAAAUAAGCCUACCUGACGAUAAGUCAUCGACUUAUUACUCUGUAAAAGCUAAUUACUUGGACUCAAACUCAUAUAUUACAUCAUUAUCAAAGUUUGAAAAGGUUGAUACUCCAAUUGAUGAGUCAUUGAAACUUACAGUUCAAACAAAGAACCCUGCUCUUGGAAAAGAUGUCAGUAUUAAAGUACAAAAUGGAAAACCAAUUCCAUACUUUGUGUAUACAAUUGUUGGUCGUGGUGAUAUUGUCCAAAGUGAACUUAUUGAGGUUCCUGAAAAUCGCAACUACCAUGUCUUCAAAAUCACUCCAACCUUCCAAAUGAUUCCACAAGCUAAAAUCUUCAUUCACUACGUCACUGGUACCGAUUUCAAUUAUGCCGAAGAAACAAUUAACUUUGCCAAGGAUUUCCAAAACUCUAUUUCCAUUGAAGCUCCAAUUGAAACCAAACCUGGUGCUGAUGUUGAAAUCAAAGUAAACACCGAUCCAAAUUCCUAUGUUGGUUUACUUGGUGUCGAUCAAAGUGUUCUUCUACUCAAGAGUGGCAACGAUUUGAAAAAAGAUCAAAUUUUCCAAGAUAUGAGCCGUUUCGAUUCCAGUACACCAUGGUCAUUCGGUUAUGGUCAAUAUCCAGGAACACAAGCUGGUGUUGUUACAAUGACAAAUGCUAAUCAUGUAUUCCAUCAAAGUUUAGGUGAAUUAUUGGUUAUGGAAUACGAUGAUGACAAUAUAAUUGAAACAGGAAUAAAUUUUCAUAUUUUGGAGGAGGAUAUGGCAGAAGAACCUCCUCAAACAGUUGAAGUAGCUGCAGAUUCUGGUUCAAAGGUUUCUAUUUCUAGAGAGUAUAAUAAUGAAAUGCCUACGAUAAGGAAAAUUUUCCCAGAAAAUUGGAUAUUUUCUGAUAUAAACAUAAACAAUACUGACGGAAAUGGCAUUACUUUGAGCAAAAAAGUUCCCGAUACUAUUACAUCCUGGGUUCUAACUGGAUUCUCAUUGAAUCCUGAAACUGGUUUAGCUAUUACCGAUGAAGCAACAAAAAUGAAAGUCUUCCAACCUUUCUUCAUUUCCACCAAUCUUCCAUAUUCAGUUAAAAGGGGUGAAGUUAUUGCAAUUCCUGUUGUAAUUUUCAACUAUUUGGACAAAAAUCUUGACGCUGAAAUAACUAUGGACAAUUCCGAUCAUGAAUACUCAUUUGCUGAAGCUACCAAUGAAGUUACCGAAUCUGCUAGUGACGAUGUUAAACGUACCAAGACUCUUUCCGUUCCAUCAAAUAGCGGACAAAGUGUAUCAUUUAUGAUUCGUACCAACAAAGUUGGACCAUUAAGUUUGAAAAUUAGUGCAAUUUCUCCAAUUGCUGGCGAUGCUAUUCAACAAACUCUUAAAGUUGAACCUGAAGGUGUUACUAAAUACGUUAACAAAGCUGUUUUUAUGAAUUUGGGUGAUGAAAAAGAGAAAUCAGCUAAGGUUGAUGUUGAUAUUCCUGAAAAUGCUGUUGAAGAUUCGGAAUAUGUUGAACUUUCGGUUGUUGGAGAUUUGCUAGGACCAACUAUUAAAAAUUUGGACAAAUUAAUUCGUAUGCCAUAUGGAUGUGGUGAACAGAAUAUGGUUAAUUUUGUACCAAAUAUUUUAGUACUUAAAUAUUUGACAGCUACUAAACAACUUACUCCAGCAGUUGAAGAAAAGGCUAAGAAAUUCUUAGAAAUCGGUUAUCAACGUGAAUUACAAUACAAACAUGACGAUGGUUCUUACAGUGCCUUUGGCAAAUCGGACAAAAGUGGUAGCACUUGGUUGACAGCCUAUGUUGUCAAAUCUUUCCAUCAAGCUAUUCCAUUCACUGAUAUUGAUCCUAAAAUUAUCGAAGCUGGUUUGAAAUUCUUGGCUGAUAAUCAGUUGCCAAGUGGUGAAUUCCCAGAAGUUGGCAAGGUUAUUGAUAGUUCUCACAGUGGUGGAUCAAUUGGUCUAAGUGCUUAUGUUUUAUUGGCUUUCUUGGAAAAUGUUGAAUCAGCUGAUCAGUAUAAGGAUGUUAUUGAAAAGGGUUCGUCAUUUUUGGAGAAGGAAUUGGCUUCGUCGGAUGAUCAAUAUUCAUUGUCAAUUGCUGCUCAAGCUUUCUUGUUGGGCAAACGCCCAGAAUCUGCUAAGAAGGUUUUGGCUAAGCUUGAUAGUUUGGCUAAGAAUGAUGGUGAUCGUAAAUGGUGGUCAAAGACUGUUGUUUCUGACAAAUCUUGGUAUGGACCACGUUCGGUAGAUGCUGAAAUGACUUCUUAUGUUCUAUUGGCAAAGCUUAAGGAAGGAAAUGCUGAGGAAGUCUUGCCAAUUGUUAGAUGGUUGAUAUCACAGCGUAAUAGUAAUGGAGGAUUUGCAUCUACACAAGAUACUGUUAUUGGACUUGAAGCUUUGACUAAAUUUGCUGAAAAGAGCGGUUCUGGUACUGGAAAAAUGACAAUUGCUUACGAUGCUGGAGAAAAAAAUACUGGAGAAAUCGCUGUUAAUCCUGAGAAUUCAUUGAUUUUACAAACACAUGUGCUACCAAAAACGGUUAAAGAAGUCGCUUUGAAUGCUAAGGGUACUGGUUCAUGUUUGGCUCAAGUAUCAUACCGUUACAAUAUUGCUGACAAAGAUAACCAACCUCGUUUUGGAGUAAUGCCAGUUGUAAAGAGUUCAGAAAAUGAUCAAAUGGUUUUGGUUGUAUGUACUGAUUUUAAGCCUUUGGAUGGUGAAAAAGAGUCUAACAUGGCUGUGAUGGAAGUUUCAUUGCCAUCAGGUUAUACAGCUAAUACUGAUAGUUUUGAUAAGAUCAAGGAAGUUGAAGGAGUUAAGCGUGUUGAUUCCAAGAACUCUGAUUCAGCUUUAGAUAUUUAUUUCGACAAAGUAACACCUGAACAAACUUGUGUUUCAAUUGAUGCCAUUAAAUCACAUGCUGUUGCUAAACAAAAGCCUGCACCAGUUAGUGUUUAUGAUUAUUAUGAUAACAAUAAGCGUAACACUGAGUAUUAUGAAGUUGCAUCAUCAUUGUGUGAUAUUUGCCAAGGCGAUGACUGUGGAGCUGGCUGUGCGAAAAAGAAUUAGGAUACAAAAAUUAUUCCUAAAAAAACCUAAAAACAUCUUUAUUAAGUUGUAAAAUUUUACAAAAAUAAAUUCUUUUGUGCCUAAGAUUAAUUAUUUUGAGGUUAGGUUUAAAAUAUUAAACUUUUUUGUAAUUUGAUCUUAAUUAUUUUUUUUAUACUACCUUACCUAUUAUGUAACGGAUACUUAAAAUUUUACAUAAACGAAAUAAGAAUAUAAAUAAAAAACGAAACAAAAAUGAA